UUAGGUUGGAAAUUACAAGAUUUCUUAAUAAAAGAGGAGUGAAGGUCUGGAAUAAUCACCCAGAAUAAAUGGGAAAUAUAAGUUAACAAAUUCAUUUAAGCUAAAAACUGAGCAGUUUAUGGAAAGAGAGCGCCAAUGUGCUUGCUUACAGUAAUCUAGGGAACUGAUCUCAAGUACCUGAGAGGUCCUUUCCAGUUUCAUGUUCUUCUAUGUGUGUAAAAUAAAAUUUUAAUCUAGAUGCUGGGAAAGAAGAAAGACUUUACAAGUUAUCUUUUUCAUGUUAUCUCAUUCUGCAGAACAUGCUGUAGUUAUUUAUAAAUGUUUAACCACCAGCUGCCUUUUCUCACAGUUUUUUUUCUCUCUCAAAAAUACACUGAUAAGAAGCAAACAAGGAAUGACCACAGCUACAUACAUUUGUAAACAGUUAUCUUCAAAAGCAGUACAACUAGGAUACAUAAAAACCAUGAAAAGCCAAUUAACAGGAUUUCUUAUGAACUUUUGCAUUUCUUUUUCACUUGCUUUGUAUUUUCAUAGUGGAGAAAGAGAAGAGAAAUGCAUAAUCGAAGACAUUCCCAGCGACACGUUGGUAAUUGGGAAUUACAAAGUACAACGCUGGGAUAUACAUAAGCAAGACUUUCUGGAGUCUGCUCCUGGUUUGGGAAUGUUUGUGACUGUCACAACUCCUGCUGCUGAGGUACUGUUGUCAAAACUGUAUGGGCCACAAGGAACAUUUUCUUUUACAUCCUAUCUAUCUGGGGAGCAUGUUAUCUGUUUACAGUCUAACUCCACAAGAUUUGUGGCAUUUGCAGGAAGUAAACUGCGUAUCCAUUUGGACAUUAGAGUUGGAGAACAUUUUUUGGAUGAAUCUGUUGUUCAAGCCAAAGACAAAGUGAAUGAAGUUAACUUUAGACUAGAACAUCUAAUUGAGCAAAUUCAUCAUAUAUCCAAAGAACAAAACUAUGAAAGAGAGCGUGAAGAAAAAUUUCGGAAGACAAGUGAAGAAACCAACAGCAAUAUUUUGUGGUGGGCUAUUGUACAAACACUAAUCCUCAUCUCCAUUGGAAUCUGGCAAAUCAAAUCUCUCAGAGAUUUCUUCAUAUCUAAGAAGCUUGUUUAAGUCUUAUAAAGUAAAGGCACAGAUUCAAAAAUUGCACACCAUGUAAUACUUAACAUCCAAAGAAACCCUGCACCUAUGAGAAAAUUGGUUGUAUAUGAUUCUCAAGCUUCUCUCAUCUUCUAUUCUGAUUCUUACUCUAACUCUGGUUUCCCCAUCUAUAUCACAACCUCUGGCAUCCCCUUACAUUUUACUCC